UAUGACAUGCAUGUAACUUUAUAGCCUUUUAUCGAGUAGGCUACACAGUGAUUUUACAUGACUACCAAGUAGCCUAAUCUAAGGUCUAUCAAGUGAUAUCAAAUGUAUCACGCCGAGUCAAGUGGUCUAUGUUUUGGCAGCAAAUAGCCUACACAUUUAUUCUUUGAAAACGCUUUCAUACAAAGUUACAGUAGGCCUAAAGCCUAAAAUCUUAUGUAGGCUAGUCUACAUAAUAGUCUUGUAACUAAGGCCAUGUUACAGUAAAAAUCCUAUUUUUCUGUUUAGAAGCAUUGUGUCAGAGAUUUCCUGAUUCCGUCGCGGGUACACUGUCUGGUUACAGAAAGCAACCUGUAAAUCAAACAUAACCAGCAAAAGUUGGCCACAGAUAUUGAUAUAAUCUGAGUUCUGACAAGUCUUCACUUGACACCACACAUUUCUGUAAAUCUGGACACGAUUUCAAAUACCCUCUAGGUGGCGGCAAUGUUCAAAGAUAUGUAUUUCAAUUCAGAUUAAGCACGUGUAACUAAAUGAAUGCAGCUGUAUGCACGGAAGCAGUAAUAAUUAUACCUAUCGCACAACAUGUAGUCAUACACACAUGUAAAUAUCUCCCUAUUUCCCCCCCUCUGACACAUACGUACUCACGGCCACAUACAUACAAACACACACACACACACGCACGCACGCACGCACGCACCCACGCACACACACACACACACACACACACACACACACACACACACACACACACACACACACACACACACACAAAUGACACCAGCUACUGUAAGUGGAACACAUGUUCACAUUCCAAGAGCAUUCAGUAGCCUAUACCUGGUGUACCAUAAAACCUCAUAAGUGUGACACAUGGACAAAAUGACAAAACAGCCUUUCAAAUACGUUUUGCUUUGGACGUUUUUUUUUACUUGAAACAAAGAAUGAAGGUCUGAGGGGGAGAGAACACAACAGAGAUAAUGUGUGUCAGGAAUAGAGGCUUUUUCACGGGAGCAGCACACCCAGUCCUGAACACUCUGUGAACAUCAAAGAGCAUUCUAGCAUUCAAGUCCCUGAAUGAAUGGUUUGUAAAACUCUGACACAAAGUUUAUGUUAUCACACAUCACACACACACACACACACACACACACACACACACACACACACACACACACACACACACACACAAAGAUACAUCAUGAUGCACUCUAACAUAUGUCUAAACCCAUACCAAAAUGCAAACAAACACACACACACGGACACACAUACGCAAACUACACAAAACAGAAUAUAUAAAUAGGUAUGUUCAAAAUAGUCACCAAAGGACAGCCUUCCUUUCUUUCACACUUAACAACCCUGAACAACCACCCCCACGCCCCCCAAGAGUGCACACACACACACACACACACACACACACACACACACACACACACACACACACACCAUACAAUAUGAAGGGAGUUCACCUUUGGCAGGGUCUGAGUAUAGAAUGUCUGAUGUCACUCCUGUACUCCCUCCUUUUUCCUCUGCCACACCACACACACACACACACACACACACACACACACACACACACACACACACACACACACACACACACACACACACACACACACACACACACACACACACACACACACACACACACCUCCCCCCAUUAUAACCAUCACCACCACCAAAGUACAAAAUAGAGCGAUGCACGACCUGACGUGCUCUCCAUGAAAGAUUGUGUGUGUGUGUGUGUGUGUGUGUGUGUGUGUGUGUGUGUGUGUGUGUGUCUGUGUGUGUGUGUGUGUGUGUGUGUGUGUGUGUGUACGAGAGAGAGAGAGAGACAGGACACAUCCAUAUCAACAUGCAAUGGACAAGAACAAGAGCCGGCAGUACUGAGGAACCGAGGCACCGGAACUUUGCUACAUUGAAAGAGCUGGAGUGGAUGACUGAGCGAGAGGAAGAAUGGAUCCAUAAAUAUCAACAUACCUGGAACUUCUUCUCUACCGAAGGAGUCGGAGAGGGGGAGAACACAACUUGAGUGAAACUGAAAGGAUGCACUCAUAAAGUUUUUGAUACCAAGCUCUUCAUUGAAGUUGUGAACAUGUACAAUCAGUUUCCAGCUGUCUACAUUUGACAUCACCUUGUUUACGAAGACUUUUGUUAAAGGAUAGCACUUGCUUCAAUGAACAAUAUGAAUCAAGAGUCUGUCAUGGAUCCUGACCUACCAGAGAAGCGGUACUCCAUCUCGCGGCCGAUCUACUCCGCUCCGAGCUUCGAGGUAGCCGGGGAACGUCAGGAACGCCUGGAAGAGGACAGCCUGUCGGAGAGGCUGCACAAAUCCUGUGGAUGUUCAAGCAAGGGCUCUCUUCGGCUGCUAAAAAAGUGUUUACCAAUUAUAGACUGGGUCUCAAGAUAUCCAAUCAAAGAAUGGCUCCUCAGUGAUGUCAUCUCUGGAGUAAGCACAGGAUUAGUUUGCAGUUUACAGGGUAUGGCAUAUGCACUGCUGGUGUCGGUGGCUCCAGUGUAUGGACUCUACUCUGCUUUCUUUCCGAUUCUCACAUACUUUCUGCUUGGUACUUCCAGGCAUAUCUCUGUAGGUCCCUUCCCUGUGACGUGUCUGAUGGUGGGGUCCGUGGUGCUGAGCCAGGUCCCCGGCGGCCCAUCGGUCCUGGCUGGGAACGUCACACAGCCCAAUGGCACGGAGGAGGAGGACCUGGAGGGCAGGAGGAUCAUGGUGGCCUCCACGAUGACCGUGGUGGUUGGCCUCUUUCAGGUGGCCAUGGGGUUGCUGCAGGUGGGCUUCCUGGUGCGGUACCUGUCUGACCCUCUGGUAGGGGGAUUCACCACGGCGGCAGCGCUGCACGUCUUCGUCUCGCAGAUCAAGAUCGUGCUCUCUGUUCCCACUGGCAGCCACAAUGGCCCGUUCUCCAUCUUCAAAACACUCAUCGACGUUUUCACCAACAUUCAUCUAACAAACGUCGCUGAUCUUGUGGCUGGUUUGCUGACCAUCGCCACGGUGAUGGCUGUGAAAGAGGUCAACGCCAAAUUCCAGCACAAGAUACCCGUUCCAAUCCCCAUUGAAGUGUUGGUGACAGUGGUUGCAGCAGGGAUUUCUUAUGCAGUGGACCUGGAUUCACGUUACGGCGCCAGCAUUGUCCGCAGUAUCCCGCGGGGGUUUGUUGCACCCCAGGCCCCAAACUCAGAGCUGUUCCUGGACAUUCUUGGGUCCAGCUUCUCCACUGCAGUGGUGGGGUAUGCGGUGGCAGUGUCUGUGGCCAAGGUCUAUGCUGCCAAACACGACUACACCAUUGAUGGCAAUCAGGAGCUGCUGGCGUUUGGCGUGAGUAAUAUCCUGUGUGGAUUCUUCUCCAGUUUCGUGGCCAGCACAGCCCUGUCCCGCACGGCAGUGCAAGAGAGCACUGGGGGGAAGAGCCAGGUGGCCGGCAUCAUCUCGGCGGUCCUGGUGAUGGUCGUAAUCCUGGCCCUGGGGAACCUUCUAGAACCACUGCAAAAGUCUGUGUUGGCGGGGAUUGUGAUCGCUAACCUGAAAGGAAUGUUCCUCCAGGUCACUGAAGUUCCGUCACUGUGGAGACAGAACAGACCAGACUGUUACAUCUGGAUAGGCACCUGUCUGGCCUGUGUCGUCCUGGGUCUGGAUGUGGGAUUAUUGGCAGGUCUGGUCUUUGAGAUGGCCACUGUUGUCAUUAGAACACAGUUUCCUUCCUGUUCAUCCCUGGGACAUAUUCCUGGCUCUGACAUCUACAGGAACAUGAGGGACUAUAAAAAUAUUGCAGAAGUUCCUGGGAUAAAGAUUUUCAAGUGCAACUCACCCAUAUAUUUUGCCAACAUCGAUUACUUCAAAGAACGUCUUAGAGACACGGUGGGGUUUGAUGCAGUGAAAGUGUUUAAGAAGAGGAACAAGGCACUUAAGAAAAUCCACAAACUCAUUAAAAAAGGAAAACUGAAGACAUCAGAGGACGGCAUCGUGUCUGUGGUGUCCCUGGGUGUGGACAAUGAAGCUUUCGAAAGUGAGCCUCGGGAUGUGGGGUCGGUGGAUGUGAGAGUGGACUGGACUUCAGACCUGCCUGUCAGUGUGUCGGUCCCACAAGUUCUCAUCCACAGCCUGGUGCUGGACUUCUCUGCAGUCGCCUUCCUGGACGUGGUGGCAGCGAAGUCCUUAAGACUGGUCAUUAAAGAAUUCCUACGAAUAGGUGUCACCGUCUACAUUGCUGGCUGUGAUGAUGACUUAAUCAGGAGAAUGGAGAGUCUGGCGCUCUUUGAUGAUGUCGUGACCAGAGACCUGCUCUUCCUCUCCGUGCAUGAUGCCAUCCUCUUCAUCAAACUGGAAGAGGCCAGUAAGGACACUCCAAAUCCUAUCAUCGACAAGGACAAUAAGGAGCCUUUGCCCUUCACUGAGGAAGAGGACCUGAUAGAGACCUACGACAACCAGCCAAGGGCCAUCCAUGAGCUCUCCAACUAAAGAAGAGGCUGUGCAGACAGAAAAUGGAAAAAAGAUCCUAGGCACUCUUAUUCAAAAAUAUAAAUAUUUUUGAAGAAGAGUGCCUUGGAUCUUUUUUUCUGUUUUCUAUUGGAUUCCUGACCCCAAAGAGCACCUGUGGAUAUCUGACUGGACCUCCUGAGCACCCUGGACCUUUUUUUUGUCUUUUCAAGUCCUGAACAUCGUCGGCUAUUUUUUGUCAUGCAUUGCCCCACAUGCAUUGUUGUUUCCAGUGAGAAAAGUGGAAGACACUUCAUAUUCAAGAGCGGACUUUCCUGUUCUGUGUAUCCGAUGUCAGCCCUCUCCUCCUCCAAACUGAUGUGCUUGAAUGAUGAUUCACCCUUUUAUGACCUUUUUACUCUGAUAUCAGAUUAAGGGCCCAAUAGCUUUUUUGAGCUACUGUAUGUUAUGAAAAUAGAGUCGCAUCAGGCACACUUUGCCUAAUAACUUGGUCACACUUGGUCACACUUGGUCACACUCUGUGUCCAGGGAGAUUUGGAGGGUGUCUUGCGUUUGUCUAAUGAGCUAUGUGAAAACAAACAACGUCGGUGCAAAACAAACUGAAAACACCAGCGGAUGCGUCUAUCCUGGAAGCUCCUGCUGGGUAGUGGAAGCACAUCGGGCGGACACAUAAAUAGAACUCUUCCUCUUCUGCUCUGCCUGACCUGGCCCUGGUUAUAGUGUGUGUGUGUGUGUGUGUGUGUGUGUGUGUGUGUGUGUGUGUGUGUGUGUGUGUGUGUGUGUGUGUGUGUGUGUGUGUGUGUGUGUGAGAGAGAGUGUGUGUUUGUGUGUGUGGAGGGGUAGGGAAGUACACAAAUUAUCUUGUAUGAAACCUCAGAUGACAUGGCCACUCUUAACUGUCCACUUUUGCCUGUUUUCUUGGAAUCAGGGCUGGAUCAAUCCCAGAUCUAGCCCAAGUCUGAUGUAAGUCCUCAUCAAAACAUCAUGAUUCACUGGAUGGCCCACUUUGAUUUUUCAAACAAAUAGUAUUUCCUAUAAGAAUAUAUUGUGCCAGAAUAUAUUAUUUAUUGUAAACAAGGACUGGCAAAGUAGAGUUAUGUGUUGAUCAAAAUGUCUGUGUAUAACCAUUCUCUGUGUUGAAUGUGUAGGCUACAUUGUGUUUCAAUCUGUUACUCGUAGACCUAAUAAUAUUCGUUUGUUACAGAUGGCUCUGGGCUUUGCAUAGUUGCCAGUUACUUGCACAGAUCUUAACAAUGCAUCAUCUUUUUGGACAAAAUGAUUGUAUAUUCAUUCCCUUUUACUAUAACUUGAAAAGAAACUAGAAAUAAACUUCACUUUUUAAGGUA